GUAACAGUCCUCAACUCUCUGGAGACAAUGUUGGCGAAAACAGCAGCAAAGAUCGAAAUGCAAAUAGAUACUGCAAUUCGCCAAAAGAUGUGCGACCCAUAUUCUGAGGCAUCAUCAUCCUUCCAAUUUUGCCCGGUGACGACUACGGAUGGAAUAGACGCAUUGGAAGAAAAUCUCAAUAAUGAAUCGUUUGCCAAGCAGUUGUUCGCUCAUAUGAAAAGGAUUAUUGGACACACCGGCGAUGCCUGUAACGGAUUGAAUAUUGCGUAUGGAUUGAUUGACCACUUUUUCGACAGGAAGUUGAUGCUAUUUUGCUCUUGGACGGGUGAAAGCAGAGGAGAUAGCGUCAAAUAUCCUAUGAAGAAAUGUGUCAAUAUUCUUGACAUUUUCUUCAAACUUAUCUGUAGUGUGAAUAGCACAUUCUCACGUACAUUGCUUGAAGAUUUCUUCAAGAGGAUCACAAGAAACUCAAAAAAGAGAAGCGAAUCAAAAGGCAAGCGACAAUCCACAAUUCACCGAAGGGCGAAGACAAAAAAGGAGAACAAAAGUAGCAAUUCCGGUGAGUAAAUCUAUAACA